UAAAAUUGCCGAAGAACAAUGUGUAAAUAUUGAAGAGAAAGAUUUGGCGAAGUGUGUUAAGUAUAAGGAGAGAAUGUGGCGUUUAACUAAUUCUUUGCAAACUCACGCCAAUGAACUACAAGAAAUUUUGAACCUUUCUUCGACCGUUUCUUUUAAAAAUAUUGACUUUGGCUUCGUUGAAUCCUGGUUAGUGGUAAUUUAUCGUGAAGGCUAUCAACGUAAUAAGGCUAUACAUGAAAUUAUAGAAAAGUUAUUUUCUAUCAUUUUUGUUAACUAUUCAAGUCUAGCACGAGGUAUCAAUGGCCGUCUAAAUGACAAUCCGGGUGGUAGUGAAAAGGUCUUAAAAACCUAUGUAACAACUCAGCUCUUUGAAGCUCUAAAGAAAGCUCAUCUUAUUUUUGAGACUAAUAAUCAAAAAACAUUAAAAUUACCUGCCAAAUUUUUACCUACACUAUGCAAAUACCAAGAACGCACCAUUCAUUGGCUUCUGCAAAGAGAACAACAUGUGCAUCGUUUCCCCGCCUAUUUCAUUGAACUCCAAGCUAGAGACGCACAAAGUACGGUUUAUAAAUAUUUUUGUGGGCAAUUUUUUCAACGAGAGAGACCGGACGAUAUCGUAUUGCCUCCCGGUGGAAUUUUAGCCGAAGAAAUGGGUUUGGGUAAGACCGUGGAAAUUCUAGCAUUAAUAUUACUCCAUCCGCGCUUAAAUGUACAGGUACCCAGUUUCAUAGAACCACUCUUACAAAACUCAUUAGCAAAACGUAAAAGAAUGGCAAAAGAAGUAUUUUGCAUAUGUAAUUCGGAUUCGAAACGAAAUUUGAUUUCGUGUACCAAAUGCUGCCUAUGGCAGCACAAGAACUGUGUUGAUAAAUAUGAAAAAGAUAUUGAUGGUGUAGAACGCGUUUACUUCUGUCCAGCCUGCUGGCAAGAGGUAAUACAAGAUAACGGGAAAAUACCUAGCAAAGCAACAUUUAUUGUCUCACCUAACAUGAUUAAUUUCCAAUGGAUGGAGGAAAUUAAAUGCCACGUACAACCUACGUUAAAGGUAUUUCUCUAUGAAGGUGUUUCUGCAGGCAAAUGGAUAUGUCCAUUGCAAUUGGCCAAUUAUGAUAUUGUGUUAACACAUUACAAUGCCUUACGCAGUGAUAUCUAUUUUACUCAAGAUAACGUCAGCGGACGUGUUAUGCGCAAUAAACCCCGUUCGAUGAGAAUGCAUACACCAUUGUUAAUGCUUGAGUGGUGGCGAGUUUGCUUAGAUGAGGCACAAAUGGUGGAAUCAAAUAUUUCAAAAGCGGCAACUUUAGCGAAAAUGUUACCUGCGAUUAAUCGUUGGGCUGUUACUGGCACACCGAUACAACGUUCUUUAAAUGACUUACAGAAUCUUUUGCAAUUCAUUGGUUUUGAGGAGGCAGCUGAGCCGCAAUUUUGGGACUAUAUUGUCAACGAUUUUGUAGUUCACUAUGAUGCGGGAAGUUGUAGUGAAGGGUCUUUUCAGCUCGUAAACGUUUUGCAGAAGUGCAUGUGGCGUACCAGUAAGGUUGAUAUUAUGGAAGAAUUGAAGAUACCUCCACAACAAGAGGUCACACACCGCAUUGAGUUUGAUAACUUGGAAAAACUUUUCUACCGCGAGCAACAUCAAGAAUGUCGUGAAAAAUUUAUGGAAAACGUUCACAAGUAUAAAAAACGUAUGAUCACCAUAUCACCGCAAAUAAUGAAAAUUAUUUUACAACCUUUUUUGAAAAUACGUCAAUCUUGUAUUAUGCCCGUGGUGACCUCUAAUAAUAUAGCUCAGCAAAAGCAGUUUCUUCAACCGCAGGAAUUGCAUAACUAUUUGAAAUCCAAUAAUGAGCUCAGCUGUAAAUCCGAGUUAAGAUCGAUGGCCUCGUCGCAUAAUGGAUUAGCAGCAUUGCAUUUUUUAGAGAAACGGUACGACGAGGCAUUAAUACAUUAUAAAGAAGUUCUCAAAUUGGCUAAGAAUUAUGUUGAAUUGAAUAUUACAGUCGAUAAACUUUUGCAAAUCCACGCUCUUCACAAUAUAAUGCAAAUUUUGAUAAUAUUACAACCAUUGGAGAAUGAUUUACCUGAAGAAACAUUGAUUGAAUAUGAACAACAGUACAAUGCUUUAGAAUGGAAAUAUUUGGAAACAUAUUCGAACACAUUAUCGCAAGUUAAUAAUGCUUAUUGUAGUAUUUUGGAACAAAUUAAUGAUGACAUAACAAAAGAAUAUCUGCCAUUUUUGGGAGAUCAAUUGCUUAUUCUAAGCGUGGUUGAGCUGUCGUCCUUUUUGCAGAAGAUUUUUGAAGAGUGCUCUCAACGCUUUAUAGAAACACAUGCCGAAUAUAAAUUAGGGGAAAUAACAUCGGUCAGAACAAUACUGUACCUCAUGAAUGUAUGGUUCACUAAAGUGUCAACGUCAUGGAAAAAUUUAGUUAAAGAUUUCGACUCGUUGCAAUACUUUCGUGAUAAUGUAAAAUCUCGUAAUCAAGUCAGUUCGGCUACAUGGCGAGAUAUCACACAAUUAAUAAACGAUGUGUACGAUUGUCAUCUGAGUGAUAUAAGAGAAAAUGAAAAACAAAAAAAAUCGCGAAAGUCUUCAGUUAAAAAGUCAAAAUGUAAACUUUGUAAAAUACGUGACGCUAUAAACAUCUUCGAGUGCUUGUUAUUUUUGAAGGUGAUAGAUGAACAAAACCAACUAACUGAUGGAGUCGAUAAUCCUUCAUUUGAGUUUUUUCUUAAUAAAGUCAUUUUUAGUUACUUAAAAUCUAAACUCAGACAACCGGAAGUACAAGCGAGUGUUGAAAAAUUAACACAAUAUUUUGAUAAUUUACAAAUGUUGUGUAAGAGUUUUAUAAAAUUAUGGAUAGAAAUGGAAUACACUAUUAAGGCGUACGAUGAGUUGAAUAUGUGUAAAAUGCGCAUAUCUUUGGCUGAAAAUGCUGAAGAGAAAUCAAAUUUUAAAGUUUUUAAACAUGAGAUCAGUCAACGCGUUAUGGAGCAGAAAGAGCAGCUUUACGAGGCGCAAAGAAUGUUUGUCACGCAAUUAGCCCGCUUGAAAUAUAUCAAACAUUUGGAGAAUAAAAAAGAUCCUGGACCCUGCCCGAUAUGCCGUUUCGAGGAAGAUGAUAGAUACGCUGUUUUAGAAUGCGGCCAUCAUCUUUGUUACACUUGCUUAAAACAUUUGAAACAAGUAUCAAAUCUUCGAUCGCAUUUCAAAUGUUCCAUUUGCCGUCAUACUCAACGUUUCCAAAAUUUAUAUUAUGCUACUCGCAUCUCGAAGAAAGUACCAGAAAAUGAUCUUAAAAUCAACGGUAGUUAUACAUCGAAGAUCACUUAUAUUGUGUGUUUGGUUUUGAAAUUAAAAAAGCAAUACGAAGAAGCAUCCAAGCAAGCAAAAGAGAGUUUAAAAAUUUUAAUAUUUUCCCAAUGGGAGCCAAUACUAGCGGCCUUAGCCGGAGCGUUGGCUAACAACGAUAUAAAACUGAGAGCGCAGUGCACAACAAAAACUAUCAAGGAAUUUAAGGAUCCGAGUUUAGGUAUUACCUGCUUAUUAAUGCCGCUAUUGCGCGGCUCGAAAGGCUUAAAUUUAAUUGAAGCUACUCAUGUGUUCCUGAUCGAACCAAUACUGAAUCCAGGCGAAGAAUUACAAGCUAUCGGUAGAAUUCAUCGUUUUGGACAAACCAGGUCAACAACCGUUCAUCGUUUUAUUGUUAUUGGCACAAUCGAGGAAAAUAUUUAUAAUUUUAUAGCUUCUAAACAAGGCAGUGAUACAAACACCACCGCUGCACAUAAAAAUUGGGAGUUUAAUAAUAUAUCAUUGCAAGCCUUUGAGAGUUUAUUUGCUUUAGAGCAGAAAAAUGAAUGUGAUUAGGUAUUUAUUUAUAAAUCUCUCAUUUAUUCAUAUUAAUGCCAGUUUACGUAUUAAGUCCUGAAUUUUAUUUAUGAUCAUGUCCA